CUAGGACAAUCUACUUGUUUUGUUCAAAUGGACGGUUAUAAUAUUCUUACAGAUCCAAUCUUUAGUUCUAGAACAAUCGGAGAAUGGUUUGGACCAAAACGUAUUCGUCCAACGCCAUGUACACUAGAACAACUACCCAAAAUCGAUAUCGUGCUUGUAUCACAUAAUCACUAUGAUCAUCUUGAUACUACGGUGGUAAAAAAACUUGGAAACUCUGUCAAAUGGUACGUUCCUCUUGGCAUGUGUACGUGGCUAGCUAGCUAUGGCAUCACAAAUGCAGUUGAGCUUGAUUGGUGGCAAGAACACCAUCAUGACGACUCAUUAAUCAUCACCGGCGCGCCAAUUCAACACUGGAGUGGUCGUCACUUUUUAGACGUGAAUGCUACGCUAUGGUCAUCGUUUGUCGUUCAAGGUAAAACAUCGUCAUUUUUUCAUUGUGGAGAUACAGGCUAUUGUCAGGCAUUCAAGGAGAUUGGAAAACGACUUGGCCCAAUCACAUUUGCAUCAUUGCCAAUUGGAUCGUACGAGCCCCGAGAGUAUAUGAAGCAUCAGCACAUGAACCCAUCAGAGGCUUGCAAGGUUCACAAAGAUAUUGGGGCUACAUUUAGUCUGGGCGUGCACUGGGGCACAUUUAUGAUGUCGGACGAGUAUUAUUUAGAUCCACCAGCUUACUUGGAAAAAGGGCGUAUUAAAUAUGGACUAAAAUCCGGUUCAGUCUUCACUACCAUGUUGGGUGAAACCAUUACCAUUGCAUUAGACUGUCCCUCUGACAAUACAAAAAUAAAGAGAUAG